UGGGUCUCCCGUAACCCUGCGGUCCAGGCUUCCAAGAAGGAUCGGGUGGAAAGCGGGAAGCUGGGAUCCUCUCCGCCGGCCUCACCCAAACCUCCCUAGCAGGCCCAAGGCUUCCUAUCCGCGCGCUCACCAGCAUCAUUUCUUUGGGGGAACUUCGGGAGCGCCGCCCUAAGCAUCUCCUUAGGCCUCUGCUCUUGCCUUGGAGGGCGGUGUGCCCGUGUGGGAUUCACAGUCCAGCCUGGGACCUCGCCCCUCUCCGCGCUCUGGCACUGUGGACCACACCUCUCCGCACCCCUGAGAAACUGCGGGGUAGGUUGGUGGACCUCAUCUCUGGGUCCUUUUCGCGCUCAGGAGCAAAGGGUGAGUUGGGACCACAGGCUGAGCGAAAAGCGAGCGGUUAGCUGUGGAUCCCGAGUGCGGAGGGGCAGGGGACCCCGCGCCCUGCCGCACACAGGCUCGGUCCCCCGCGCAGCCGGACCCUGAGCCCCGCACACACCCCGUAGCCUGGUACCGCCCCGCAGCCGGGUCCCGCCCCCAGCCCCGCCCCACCCCGCCCGCUCCUGCGGCGCAGCCCGGCGGGCUCAGUCCGGUGGCGCAGCGGUGAGCGCCAGGGUUCAGCGUAGAGCGCAGCACGGGGGGGUCCUGGCCGCGGCUUCCCGCACCCGGACCGCGCACUCCGCACCCCGCCCCGGCGGCAUGGGCCGCCCCGCCUGAUCGCCGCUCCAGACCCGCGUCCCCGGCCCGCGCACGGCGAUGGCGAAGGCGACGUCCGGUGCCGUGGGGCUGCGGCUCCUGCUGCUGCUGCUGCCGCUGCUCGGCCAAGCCCCUCUGGCCCUGUACUUCCCGAGGGACGCCUACCGGGAGCAGCUAUACCUGGACCAGCCAGCUGGCACACCACUGCUGUAUGUGCAUGCUCUGCGUGACACACCUGAGGAGCUGCCCAGCUUCCACUUGGGCCAGCACCUCUACAAUAUCUACCACAAGCCGCUGCACAGGAACGACUGGAUCCGCGUGGAGGACACCGGCCUUCUCUACCUCAACCGCAGCCUUGACCUUGGCUCCUGGGAGCAGCUCAGCCUGCGAAAUGGUGGCUUCCCCCUGCUAACCAUCUUCCUCCACGUCUUCCUGUCGUCCCCACCUCUGCGCGAGGGCGAGUGCCACUGGCCAGGGUGCGCCCGGGUGUACUUCUCCUUCAUCAACGCCUCCUUCCCAGCCUGCAGCUCCCUUUCCUCCCAGGAUAUCUGCUUCCCAAAGAACGGGCUGGAGAACGGGCUGUCCUUCCGGAUCCGAGAGAACAGGCCGCCCGGCACCUUCCACCAGUUUCGCCUGCUGCCCGUGCACUUCCUGUGUCCCAACAUCAGUGUGGUCUACAGGCUCCUGCAGGGUGACAGCGAUGGCGGCCCCUUCCGCUGCGCCCCCGACAGCCUAGAGGUGAGCACACGCCGUGCACUGGACCGCGAGCGCAGGGAGCGCUUCGACCUGGUGGCCGCGUGCACCGUGCGCGUGGGCGCGCGUGAGGCCGAGGUGCGGGAGCCCUUCUCGGUCACCGUGUACGACGAGGACGACUCGGCGCCCAGCGUCGCGGGGGCCGCGGACACGGCCAGCGCAGAGGUGGUCUUCCGGCGCAAGGAGGGCACAGUGGUGGCCACGCUGCGCGUGUUCGACGCGGACGUGGUGCCAGCCUCCGCAGAGCUGGCCCGGCGGUAUACUGGCACUCUGUUGCCCCGGGACCCCUGGGCCCAGCAGCAUUUCCGCCUGGAGCACGCGCCCAACGAGACCCGUGUAGCUGCGGAAGAUGGUGGCACCGUGCGGGCCACUGUGCAUGACUUCAAGCUGGUCCUCAACCAGAGCCUGCCUAUCUCAGAGAGCCGAACUCUGCAGCUGGACGUGCUGGUCAAUGACUCCACCUUCCAGGGCCCGGGCUCAGGUGCCCUCCUCCUCCACUUCAACGUGUCGGUGCUGCCUGUGCGUCUGCGCCUGCCCAGCACCUAUUCCUUCUCUGUGAGCAGGCAGGCCCACCGCUACGCCCAGGUCGGCAAGGUCUGUGUGGAACACUGCCGGGAGCUCAGUGGUGUGCAUGUCCAGUACAAGCUGCAGCCAUCCAGUGCCAACUGCAGCGCCCUGGGGGUGCUCAGCUCGGCCAGGGACACCUCAGGGACCCUGUUCGUGAAUGACACAGAGGCCCUGCAGCGGCCCGAGUGUGACGAGCUGCAAAACACAGUGGUGGCCACCGACCUGGAGACCCACCUUCAGGCCCAGGCCGUACUGUUGGUCACUGUGGAGAGGACACAUGUGACCGAGGCAGCAGGCUGCCCCCUGUCUUGUGCGGUCAGCAAGAGGCGCCCUGAGUGCGAGGAGUGUGGUGGCCUGGGUGCUGUGUCCGGCCGGUGCGAGUGGCGGCAGGGUGAUGGCAAAGGAAUCUCCAGAAACUUCUCCACCUGCUCCCCCAGCAUCAAGACCUGCCCCGAUGGCCACUGCGAUGUUGUGGAGAACCAGGACCCCCACAUCUGCCCCCAAGACUGCCUGCGGGGCAGCAUCGUGGGGGGACAUGAGCCGGGGGAGCGCCGGGGGAUCAGAGCUGGUUAUGGCACCUGCAGCUGUUUCCCGGAGGAAAAGAAGUGCUUCUGCGAGCCUGAGGAUACCCAGGGCCCGCUGUGCGACGACCUGUGCCGCACGGUGAUCGCAGUGGCUGUGCUCUUCUCCUUCAUCAUCUCGGUGCUGUUGUCCACCUUCUGUGUCCACCGCUACCAUAAGCAUGCACAUAAGCAGCCUAUUGCGUCGGCAGAGAUGACCUUCCGCCGGCCCGCCCAGGCCUUCCCGGUCAGCUACUCCUCGGCAGGGGCCCGCCAGCCCUCACUGGACUCUGUAGAGAACCAGGUCUCUGCUGACACCAUCAAGAUCCAGGAGGACCCCAAGUGGGAGUUCCCUCGCAAGGAUCUGGUUCUCGGGAAGACCCUGGGUGAGGGCGAGUUCGGGAAGGUGGUGAAGGCCACGGCCUUCCGCCUGAAGGGCACAUCUGGCUACACCACCGUGGCCGUGAAGAUGCUGAAAGAGAACGCAUCCCAAAGUGAGCUGCGUGACCUCAUGUCUGAGUUCAACCUCCUGAAGCAGGUCAACCACCCGCACAUCAUCAGGCUGUAUGGGGCCUGCAGCCAGGACGGGCCGCUCCUCCUCAUCGUGGAGUAUGCCAAGUAUGGGUCCCUGCGGGGUUUCCUCCGGGACAGCCGCAAGGUGGGGCCUGGCUACGUGGGCAGUGAAGGCAACCGCACCUCUGGUACCCUGGACCAUGUGGACGAGCGGGCACUGACCAUGGGAGACCUCAUCUCCUUUGCCUGGCAGAUCUCCAGGGGCAUGCAAUACCUGGCUGAGAUGAAGCUUGUGCACCGGGAUCUGGCAGCCAGGAACAUCCUGGUGGCCGAGGGGCGGAAGAUGAAGAUCUCAGACUUCGGGCUGUCCCGGGACGUGUACGAGGAGGACUCCUAUGUGAAAAAGAGCAAGGGCCGGAUUCCUGUCAAGUGGAUGGCGAUCGAGUCCCUGUUUGACCACAUUUACACCACGCAGAGUGAUGUGUGGUCCUUUGGGGUACUGCUGUGGGAGAUUGUAACCCUGGGGGGCAACCCGUACCCAGGGAUUCCUCCCGAGCGACUCUUCAACCUCCUGAAGACGGGCCACCGCAUGGACAGGCCGGACAACUGCAGUGAGGAGAUGUACCGGCUCAUGCUGCAGUGCUGGAAGCAGGAGCCAGACAAGAGGCCCAAGUUCGCUGACAUCAGCCAAGACCUGGAGAAGAUGAUGGUCAAGAGCAGAGACUACCUGGACCUUGCAGCGUCCACCCCGUUGGACUCACUGCUGUAUGACGAUGGCCUCUCCGAGGAGGAGACACCGCUGGUGGACUGCAGCAGUGCCCCCCUCCCUCGCGCCCUCCCCUCCACAUGGAUUGAAAACAAACUCUAUGGCAUGUCAGACCCGAGCUGGCCUGGAGAGAGUCCUGUACCACUCCCGAGAGCCGAUGGCACUAACACUGGGUUUCCGAGAUAUGCCAAUGAUAGUGUAUAUGCUAACUGGAUGCUUUCGCCUGCAGCGGCGAAGUUAACGGACACGUUUGAUAGUUAACAUUUCUCUGUGCACGGUCAUGGACUCACGAGGGGAAGAACAUGCCAAGAAUGGACAGUCCACUGGCCCUUCCUGUGCCUGUCACCCCGGCCAGGCCGGGCCCAGGUGGCAUACUCGUUCCCGGUAGUUGGUUCUAACUGGUUUCCCUCCUGAUGGCUGGUGAUGUCCCUCCCAGCAGACGUGGCCACCGGGUGAGUGCUGAGUCUUGGCGCUAAGUUGUCCUUCUCCUUUUGCACCAGGCAGCCCCUCGGUCCGUGUCCACUGGUGACCACCGUGUGCUCCCAGCCCCACGUGGGCCUGCCCCUCACUGCCUUGUGUGAGAAAUUGUACCUGAACUGAUUUUCCUGGUUGCCACUAAAACUGUGCAACAAGGUCGAACCGUGAAGCACACACACACAAACACAGAGGUAGUGGGAAAACCUGGCCAAAGUAGCCUGGCCUUACUCAGAAGAUGCCUACAGGGCCCAAGUGGUGAUAGCAAACCCCACCCUCUCCCUGGGGCUGGAAGGGAAGUGGGGGGCCCAGGACAGGCCCCGGCUCCAAAUUUAAUAUCCUAGAAAUGGUUUUUAAAAUCACAUAGCCUUUUCUUAGGAAGACACUUAGACUUUCACCAUUCAAGUGAUUCUUAGAUUUAGCACAAUGGGGAUCUGAUGCCCUCUUUGCUGUGUGCACAGCCGCUUUGGGGUGGAGGGUAGGGGACUCACAGAUAGGUCCAGGCCUCAAGCGGUGGCGGAAUGACCACAACCCACAGAAUGUGGCAGCCUCUGGUGCUCCACCCCACGACCGCUCUGCCAUGUGCCCUCUUUGGAGAGCAGCAUGGGCCUUAGCACCCGGACCAGAUGGAGCUGUGUGUGUCAGUGGGUCCCCUAGUGCUCUCUCCUGAAGGCACAGGCUGUUAGUCAUGUUAGAAGUUGAUGUUGACAGCGCCAUGGACCACUAUGCCCGACUGAAGCUGUGUCUUGGGAAGACACUGUCCAACUCUUCCUGAUGGCAGGCAGCAAGUCUUUUCAAUUCAUUCAGUCUUUUCAAUUCUGACCAUGACUCUGACAUAAGUUUCUUGCCACUCUGCACUCUAGCGUGGUCAUGCCCUGUGCCCCUGCCUUGCAGGGGUGACCAUAGGCAUCUAGGCCUGUCAUGCUACAGAAGGGGUUGUACCACCAGAACACUGCCUGAUUAUCAGACAUCAGCACUGUCAGAGGACUGCGAAGAGUCUCCACAGACACUGCGCUUCGUGGGCACUUCACAAAGCAAAUGAAGGCAUUCGUGGGAGGAGGGCCCAGAUGUGUGACAGCCCUGUGGUGGGUGGGUGUGCACAUAUGCAUAUACACACAUCCAGAGAGGCAGAACACACUCAGAGAUGUGUAAUGUGACGUUAGUCUGGGCCGUUUUCCAGAUACACUGUGAUAAGUCCUACAAAUACUAUAGUCAUGGUAGACUCCUGGUUCUCAGAUGAGUUUCAUGAUAGUUUCAUUAAGUGCAAAACUAAAGAUAAAGUUAUUAAAGUGAGUUUUACAGUUAGUUUAUUCUCAUGGCGUGAGACCUCUGGGUCCGAACACUCACCCAAGGAUGGAGGACUAAUGGUUGCCUAGUAACCCAGCCAUGUGAGUUAUAAGAUACCAUGUCUAUUAGUCCUGUCAGACAACUUCAUUCACAUAUAUGCAGGCAUUGCUAAGUGUUAAGUGUUCCUGAGUAUUAAGUAGCAAUCUGUCAGCUGUUAAAUGUGUGAAUUCCAUUUAAGAAAGGUUAUAAAACCAUGCUGUGUUCAUUUGUUUUUGUAGUCAAGGUGACUAAGGAAGUCAUUUCAGUUGUGUAAAUAAAAUCGUAUAUCAUUAAA